CGUUUCCUCCCCGUUCGGUUCGUUGCUACUGUGAAGAAGAUAAGGGGAGAGAGAGAGAGAGAGAGGAGAGAGAGAAAACCCUAAUCGUGAGCUCGGAGAAACCCUAACCCUAAUCAAAAUCCUAACCCUAAGAGGGUGGCUGCAUGAGUAGUCGGGCGGAGGAGGGGCGCGACGUCAAUCCCAGGUUCCUGAAGCAUCCAUGGGGUUGGUUAUCGUCGUCUCUGCUGCGCAUCCGCCGCGGCUCCUCCGCGCCGCCGCGUUCUCCACUCUCCGAGGAGGAGCUCCGCCGCAGCCCCUCCGCCGCCGCCGCCUCCACGGCCUUGUCUCCCUUCGACGGCCGAAGCUGAGGAGCCCUUCUCAAAAUGAUCCCUGCGGCAGGUGGGACAACCUUACAUCGAAAUGUUCUAUGGCAAAUGUCGAAGUUGAUUUCAACCAUGUAGAAACUAAAGAUGAGGCUGCGGAUGAACUUUCAUCUCUUUCAUCUGGUUGCUCUAUUCCUGUUGUUCAUCUCUCAGCUGAUGUUCUUGAUUCAGGCUCUCUAAAUCUACUAACAGAGGAGACUUGCCAGAGUUCCAUCUUUACCGAAUUGCCGGUUCUAUCUGAAGGUGAACAAGAUACUCUUGCAGCAACUCCAGUUCACCCUGCAGGACUCCAUGCUUUGUAUGCUAGCUAUGUAUUUGGGAAUUUGGUGGAGCAACUUUGGAACUUUGCUUGGCCUGCUGCUCUUGCAAUUCUUCAUCCAAGUCUGUUGCCUGUGGCUGUUGUUGGUUUCUUUACAAAGCUUUCGAUCUUCAUUGGGGCCCCAAUUGUUGGUAGACUUAUGGAUCAUUUCCCUAGACUCCCAACCUAUCAAAGUUUGAAUGCUAUUCAGGCAACUACUCAAUUGUUGUCAGCUGCGAUGAUUAUAUAUGCUCUCAAGAAUGUAAAACACAUAUCUACGUCAGCUGUUCUUCUCCAACCUUGGUUUAUUGUAUUGGUCGUAGCUGGGGCAAUUGAAAGACUAUGUGGUUUGGCACUGGGGGUCACUGUGGAGCGUGAUUGGAUUGUACUGUUAGCAGGAGCAGAUAGGCCAGUUGCACUAGCUCAAGCUAAUGCUGUGCUUAACAGAGUUGAUCUUCUUUGUGAGGUAGCUGGUGCUUCAGUUUUUGGCUUUCUAUUAUCCAAGUUCGACCCUGUGACCUGCUUAAAGAUGGCUUGUGGUUUAAUGAUAUGCACCCUUCCUAUUCUGCUUAUACUAGGUCAGAUUAUAAAUAUUCUUUCUAGUCGUGCUCUUGAUCGCUAUAGAGUUCCUUGUGAUAAAUCUGCUGCAGCUGAUAUUCUUCUCGAUGCCAGGAAAAUAGUUGAAAAUGGAUUAGAGACCAUUAAGCAUGGGUGGAAGGAGUACAAACAUCAGCCUGUUCUUCCUGCGAGUGUGGCAACUGUGCUCCUAUAUUUUAAUGUAGCACUUGCCCCAGGUGCCAUUAUGACUGCACUUCUGAUGCAUCAUGGCAUAAGUCCUUCUAUUAUUGGUUGUUUUAGUGGAUUAUGUUCUCUCAUGGGCUUCACUGCAACAUUCAUUUCUUCGAGUCUGGUAAAAAGGCUUGGAAUUCUAAAGGCAGGAGCAGCUGGAUUGAUAUUUCAGGCCUUACUUCUAACUGUAGCUGUUGCUGCGUAUUGGACAGGUUCCAUAUCACAGAAAAUACCGCUAAUGAUCUUUCUCUCUUCUAUUGUACUAUCUAGGUUGGGCCACAUGUCCUAUGAUGUUGUGGGGACUCAGAUACUUCAAACGGGUAUACCCAUCUCGAAAGCAAAUCUGAUAGGGACAACAGAGGUGUCGAUUGCCAGCCUGGCGGAAUUUCUAAUGCUUGGGGUGGCGAUCAUUGCGAAUGAUGUCUCGCACUUUGGUUUCCUCGCUCUGCUCUCUGUGUCUUCGGUUGCGGGUGCCUCGUGGAUGUUCUGCCGGUGGUUGGCGAAUCCGACCGAAGAGCAGAGGAAGCUUUUUGUGUUUGAUUGGCAGUUUGAGGCCAUUGAUUAGCAGCAACCGUUGAAAACAUUUCCAAAUACCCUCUCGCCACUGCGGCAUGUUACUCCAGACACCGCUUCGGCAUUUAGUCGGUCAGUAUAAACAACAUCAUAUAGUUCUUCAAGCUGCUUUGGUAUUUUAUCAUUGCAGAGGAAAGAAAAAAAAACAUAGAAGAAAUGUCAACAUACACAGCUUGUGAUCAAGGGAUGUGUAGGAUAAAUUCGUUUUAUUGCCUAAUUUCUGUUUUUUUUUUUAUUUUUUAAAAGUAGACCCAACACAGUUACACAGGAUAAUACAUGUCGUUUAUUUUACAGUGUCAUCAUAGAUCGCUUUCAAUUGAAUUGUAUUAUACAAAAGGUAGCACAUAAGAUUGUAGCAUUCUUUGGUAAUGCUUUGUCCUUGCAUUUUUGGAAUGAAUACACUAUUGUUUGAACCAAA